CCCGCGCAGCAGGCCGGGCUCGGAGGCGCUAGUGCGCGUGCGCGCGGGGCUGGCCGGGCGGCUGGGACCCGGCUCGGAGAUGGAGGCGGCCGGGACCCCUGCAGCCGAGCCCGCGGCCCCAGCGCAGCCCGCGGAGCUGCCCGCGUCGGUGCGAGCGAGCAUCGAGCGCAAGCGGCAGCGGGCGCUGAUGCUGCGCCAGGCCCGACUGACAGCCCGGCCCUACCCGGCGGCGACUGCUACCACCGGAGGUGUGGCUAAUGUCAAAGCAGCCCCGAAGAUCAUUGACACAGGAGGAGGCUUCAUUCUAGAGGAGGAAGAAGAACAGACACAUAAAAUUGAAAAUGUAGUGCAUCAACCAGGGCCUGUCAUGGAGUUUGAUUAUACCUUAUGUGAAGAAUGUGGUAAAGAAUUUAUGGAUUCCUACCUUAUGAACCACUUUGACUUGGCAACUUGUGAUAACUGCAGAGAUGCUGAAGAUAAACACAGGCUGAUAACCAAAACAGAGGCAAAGCAGGAAUACCUCCUAAAAGACUGUGAUUUAGAGAAAAGAGAACCAGUUCUUAAAUUUAUUGUGAAGAAGAAUCCUCAUCACUCACAAUGGGGUGAUAUGAAACUCUACUUAAAAUUACAGAUUGUGAAAAGAUCUCUUGAAGUUUGGGGAAGUCAGGAAGCAUUAGAAGAAGCGAAGGAAGCGCGACAGGAAAACCGAGAAAAAAUGAAACAAAAGAAAUUUGAUAAAAAAGUUAAAGAGUUACGGCGAGCAGUAAGGAGCAGCGUGUGGAAGAGGGAGAGCGUCGCCCACCAGCACGAGUACGGCGCAGAAGAGUCCCUAGAUGACGACAUGUACCGGAAGACUUGUACUGUUUGUGGCCAUGAACUGACGUACGAGAAAAUGUGACCCUUAACCAAACCAAAUGGUGGUUUUAAAAGCUUUUUUAAACAAAUGAAAUAAAAUGAAAUAAAGGACAC